UCUGACCUUGUCCUGACGUUCAACCUGUCCAUGCAUCGCUCCUGGUGGAUGGAGAACGGACCGGGGUGCAGGGUGACACCCAUUACCCCUCCUCCCUCCUGGGCACCUGAGGACCACCGAUAUAUAUCUAUAUCUGGCUGUCUGAUGGAUUUUCAGUUCAUAGAGGUGGCUCACUCCUCGCUGCAGAUACUCCUGGCUUUGAUGGGGUUUAUCUACGCCUGCUAUGUGGUCAAGCUCAUUUCAGAAGAAGAGGAUAGCUUUGAUUUUAUAGGAGGGUUCGACUCGUACGGUUACCAGGGGCCUCAGAAGACCUCCCACCUUCAACUACAGCCCAUGUACAUGUCAAAGUAAACCCAGGAACGCUGCCUUACCAAUCACCACUGCUUAAUAUCCUGCUUUUACUACUCCAACUGUCUUUUAUUAAACAACAACCAAGACACAAACAAGAUACAGAGGACACUAAGAUAUUCUGUGU